CUUAGGGCUCAAAAUUCAGUUAUUUACUUCAUAGGUCACUCCUUUAAACCUCUAUGGCAGACCAAAGACCAGCAUUCCGCUUUCGUCUUCCCUGGUUACCAGCUGCACCACCCCCACGUCCAACAUUUCCCCCCAGGCCACCGGCCCAGCCUACUCCUGCUACGACCCCGUCCCAAACAAUGCCACAAACAACUGCAACCCCAGCCCCUCCCCAGCCCUCCGUCACUGCCACCCCUCCCCCAACCAUGCCACAAACAGCUGCAACAACCGAAGCCCCUCCCCAGCCCUCCGUCACCAUCACCCCUCCCCCAACCACGCCACAAACAGCUGCAACAACUGAAGCCCCUCCCCAGCCCUCCAUCUCUACCACCGCUCCCCCUGCAAUGCCUCAAACAGCUGAAACCCAAAUCCCUUCCCAGCCGAGCACCACUACAACCCCUGCUCCCACUACUCAAACGGCUGAAAGAGCAACAGUUACCCAGCCUACGAUAACUACAAGACCUACCCAGACACCCACUCCACAGGCACCUGAAAGGCCACCAUACAGGCCUCCAGCCGUAGCCCCAGCACAGGGCCCUCAUCUUCAAUCUCAGACAUCCAGAACUGAAUCGCAGCCUUCAUCACCAUCUCCUGCCAUCACUCAACCCAGAGUCCCUUCUCAGCCAGCGUCUCUGUCUCGUGUAGACACUCAAUCGCGAGCUCCUUCCCAGCCCUCGGCUCCACCUCAUGCAGCCCCUCAACAAGAAGCUGUAUCUCUACCCUCAUCUCCAUCUCGCAGAUCAACCGAGCUCCCAUCAACACCCCAAACAGCCACACAGCCCAGGUCCCCUUCAUUAGCCCCUAUCCAGGCAGGCCAGACAUCUCCACCUCCUCCUCCAUCUAGCACAACUGCUCAACGGCAACCCACAACAGCAGCUGCCACCCAGCUUGCUUCUCCACUGAAAACAGAGCAAAGCCCAACUCAGAAGAACUCUCAAUCUUCUGCCAGUUCCACUGAAGGUUUUUCUCCCUCUGAUAAACAAGAACCAAAAUCAGCAGUAUCCGAAUCACUUCCUCUUGAAUUUCAGCCAAAGACAGCAGUCCCUGCAGAUAACAUUCAUGACUCUCAAGAUCGAGCCCCAAUUAAAACCAUUGUUCAACCCAAUGAGAUGACACAGCGGCCUUUAAAAGAAUCAGGGAAAAUAGCAGCAGACGUGUUCACUACUACUAAAGGUCCAGAAACACCUGUUGUAACACAGAAAUCAACUUCUUCGACUGUCAAUGGUGAACCUGAAUCAUUCUCUAAAGAUAUGAAACCAGAGGAACCCAAAGAGGUGAAGGAAGUCAUGCAAGACAUUAAAGACAAGGCACAUGACAGAGCCAGGCAUAUAGGAAGUGACCUUAAGGUGGAACAGGGGCAGACAGUGCAGACUAAAGACCUAUCUACCAUUCCAUUUCAGUCAGAACAAGCACAGAAGACUAUUGCCAGAAAGGAGAUGACAGCAACAUCUGCUUCUAAUGGCAAAGAAAACAAAAUACCAACCGCCCAUCCAAGAAACAAAACCAUGUUGGCUGACAGUCAACAGAAACAAAGUAACUCCAGUGGAGACCAUAGGUCCCUGCACAAAGAGAUCAGAGACGACAUUUCAAAGCUUGUUAAUAAGAUGGCUAUUGGGGAUUCCAAGCACUCCAUAGAUGACAGGCCAGUGAGUGUAAUCACUCUUGCUGGUGAAAAUAGGGGAGCAUCAAUGCAUGUAGGCUUUGACACAUCAAAGAAAGAAGGGUCAAUCCACAUUCGCAGAGGCUAUAAGAUCAAACCUGAUGACAGUACCGAAGCAACAACUGAUGGAGAGGAGAGUUUCAACAGACAAUCUGACAACUCAAAUGCCAAAGAAGAUCAAGCAUCAGAGGCAUAUGUGAACAGCAAUGCACAGGGUAUCAACAACUCAAUUUUAUUCAACACAUCCAUAACGGAAGGAAAUCCUGGUGUCCACCUGAUUCACUCGCAUUGUCCAACAGAAUUAAAGAAGCUGUCUCAAAAACCAGAGCUCAUUGAGACACGAAAGGCUGAAUUCAACAUGACCCCCUCCCAAAAACUUACUCAAGAGCCUACAGUCAGAAGAAGAUGUCUCAGAGGCCUGUUUCUGGAGUCAAGUGAUUCUGACUUGGAUGCUGCGAAGCCUCGACGUCAUGGUUGUCGUGUUGGCUGCAAGGAGAAGAGUAAAGAGAACAACAUUGAUGCUCACUGAGCAAGCAAUAUCCUGAACACCAUACUAGCAUGCUAAUACAUAUGAAAUAAAUGUGCAUACAUCACAUAUUCACAACAAAAUCCUCAUAGUAUCUGUGAAGACAUUCUUUAAAUCGAA